UCGUGCACCGUCCGGGACUGGUCGCACGGCUGUGUGCGUCGCUCGGCGUAAGGGUCAAUCGGAGUUUUCCUCGUAUUGCGCUACUCAGUGCUAUCGUGUUUUUAGUCUUGCGAGGAUUUGAGUGAAAGCGCUCAGCUAGCACCUGCAAAAAGGAAAGCUCCUGUUCCUAUUUCAUUUUCUGUGGCCCGCGGUUAGCUAAAACAAACCAUCCAAAAUGGACGCGAUCAAGAAGAAAAUGCAGGCGAUGAAGAUCGAGAAGGAUAACGCGCAGGACAAAGCCGACACCUGCGAGAACCAGGCGAAGGAGGCGAACCUGCGCGCCGACAAGAUCAUGGAGGAGGUCGCCGACCUGACCAAGCGUCUGGAGCAGGUCACCCAGGACCAUGAGAAGUUCAAGGCUAGCUUGGAGCAGGCCACCAAGGACAGCGAGGAGAAGGACAAGCUGCUCACCUCGACCGAGGCGAACGUGGCCGCCCUGACCCGCAAGGUCCAGCAGGUUGAGGAGGAUCUGGAAAAGUCUGAGGAACGUUCGUCCGCCGCGCUGUCCAAGCUGCUGGAGGCUACCCAGUCGGCUGAUGAGAACAACCGUAUGUGCAAAGUGUUGGAGAACCGUUCCCAGCAGGAUGAGGAGCGUAUGGAUCAGCUGUCCAACCAGCUGAAGGAGGCGCGUAUGCUCGCUGAAGACGCCGAUACCAAGUCCGACGAGGUGUCCCGCAAGCUGGCCUUCGUUGAAGACGAGCUGGAAGUGGCUGAGGACCGUGUCAAGUCCGGCGAGGCCAAGAUCAUGGAGCUGGAGGAGGAGUUGAAGGUCGUCGGUAACUCCCUGAAGUCUCUGGAGGUGUCGGAAGACAAGGCCAACCAGAGAGUGGAGGAGUUCAAGCGCCAGCUGAAGAGCCUGACGAUCAAGCUGAAGGAGGCGGAGACCCGCGCCGAGAACGCGGAGAAGAACGUCAAGAAGCUCCAGAAGGAGGUCGACAGACUAGAAGAUGAGCUGGGCGUCAACAAGGACCGAUACAAGUCCCUGGCCGACGAGAUGGACUCCACGUUCGCCGAGUUGGCCGGCUACUAAGGUCGGCUUCCAUCUAUGGCCGGCUAAUUCGAGGGGAAAAGAUCGGAGUGUUACGAUCGGUAUGGUAUAACGCCGGUACCCUGGACUGUAUACCGUUACCGUGCCCGUACCGUACAGCACCUGCACUUGUUAACACUCUGUUACUUUACCUAUCGGAAGGCAUUUUUGAACGAACUUUCGCGAUCGAAGCAAACGAGAACCGAGCUUAGCUUAGGACAGUCAGGCAGCAAAAGAGUAAAUUUACACCGCGAAUGUAAGGAACGAGCGAGUGCGAGAGAGAGAGAGAAAGAGUGCAUUAGAACAUCUAACUUAAUGCGAUCAUCUAACAUCACCGUCCCAGAUGGUACAGAGGGGGGCGGGUGCCCACAGAGAAAAAACAGAAACACCAGCAAGGCACCAUAUUUAUAGAGAACAGAGAGCAAGAGAAGCCCCUCCUAAAGACCCCAAAAAGAGACCAUCCCAGAAGCAAGGUUACAAAAGAUCAUGUUGUUGUUGUUGUUGAUGAUGUUGUUGUCAUUGUUGCUAGUCGCCAGCGUUGUUUUUGGAAGCUUCUAUACAUCCUUGCGUCGGAGCGCACAGGUAGUAGUGGUGGUGGUGGUCGUGAGUGGUUUUGCGGUUUGUCCAUUAGGCCUGUAGGCAAGUUUGGCACCAAACACACACACAAACAAACCAAUCAGUUGGCAGUGAACAGAGGUGACCAUCUUGUACAACAAACAAACACAAAUACACACACAUACACAUACAUUAAUCCACUCUGUCUUAGAUCCGAGGUCGUAAAACAACAUCAACCAAUGUGUGAAGCAUGCGUAUCUUCCAACGUCUACUUUCUCUUGAUAAAUGUAUUAUUUAUAUCUUUUGAAUAAAACUACGAGGACGGUAAAUAAUUUUAAGUAAAACA